UCCCGACACAACUUAUAAAUAAUAAGCCAUAAAACAUAGAAAAUAUCACGGGAUGAUAUUUAGUUUCUUCUAAUAAUUUGUUUUGCCCCGGCAAAGCUCGCAGAAAGCCAAGGCUCCACACCACGUUCAAAUCGAAUCAAAGCGCCGCCAUUCAGCAAUCGAACGAUUUUCAACAAUCAAAAUAGUUAAUGGUUAAAUAGUAACAAAAAGAAAUGCAUCCGUGAGUGGGGGAAUUUUGGCGAAGCAGCAGUGGAAGGAGAAACGGAUAACGGCGAAGGGCGUGCAAGGCAGAAGUAACGGUUCCUGGCGGCGUGUGUGCGAGUGUGUGUAAAAAUGUGCUUGGCGGACGACAAAAGCAACGGGAUGCGAUUAUUGCGGGUGCGGAAUUAAAUUCACUCGAAUUAAUGCGAGGCGCGUGUUUUUGCAACUCCUUUGGACCUUCGAAAUUUGCAUCCUUGACGAGGCGGAAUAAUGAAUCGAUGACUAUUUGCUGCUGAUACGGCCACAUCUGCCAGCUGUCUUGGGACCUCUGCAACCGCUCGCCCCCUCUCGCUCGCUCGCUCGCUUGCUCACUCGUCCUGUUAUCCUGUGGAGCCCCGAGCGGCGAGCACCAACAACAAGAAGCCAGACUCCAACCGGAAGGCCUGCGCAGGAGAGAGUGAGAGAGAGAGAGAAACUGCGCCAGAGGACUCUCCGCCGGCUGGUGAAGAGGAGAAGGGAGGGAGAGAGCGCAAGGACGAGAGGCGGAAGUGGUGACAUCUGUUUUGCCGCUUUGUCAGCGGAUGCUGCUCCUGCCGCUCCUGCCGAACACGAACGAACGCGCACGAGCACGAACGAACAGGGAGCACGACGUGAACAAGUGUGGAAAUUGGAAUUUUUAUUCAAAACAAUGCCUCUGCUGCAACAGUACGACACCCCUGAUUGCUCUGGUUCUGGUGGCAACAUGCGAGCCCUGAGCGGAGGCUCCACCACGGAGCUCUUGCAGAAGCACUCGAUCAGCUCCUACCUGGAUCACCAUCAGCAGCAGCAACAGCAGCAUCAGCUGCAACUGCAGCACCACCAACAGCAGCAACUGCAACACAAUCUGCUGGACAGAUGCAACGACGAUGGAUUGAUAUCCUUUAUCAACGAUCCAAUCACACUGAACGAUCUACUUGGCCUGUGCGGCGGAGGCAGCACUUCCAAUGGAGUGGUCGGUGCCCCCUCGACAUCGAUAGGAGGAGGAGGAGGAGGAAAUGGAAGCGGAGGUGCACCAGGAGCUGCAGCAAACGGUGCAGCAACAACCGGAGUAGGAGGAGCCGGAUCUGGAGGAGCCCUACCACCUGGGCCAGGAGUCGUAACGGGCCAGGGAGGUGGAGUCGCGGGACCAGCAACCGCCGCCACGGGCAACCCAUCCGCCAGCUUCGGUGGCAACGGCAGCGGCAGCGACGUCAAUAAUCUGCUGCUCGCCAGUGCGGCCGCAGCCGCUGCUGCUGCCGCUGCCGCCGGUGAUGGCGUCCAACUGUCCGCCAAUGCGGCGGUCUACGCUCCACUGACGCCCAGCUCGACCCAGUCGUCGGCCUCGCCGGGCACCAAGUCCAGUUUUGACUACUUCCAGUUUGAAAAUGUUGCACAAAGUAACCCACUUAAGGCUUUCCAAAGAACAAACAUCAGCUUCGAUUGCUCUGCACCCUUAUCGCCAAGUACGCCUACAUCUAUUUACAAUCGCUCCUUUCACAGUUCACCUUUAGUCAGCGACAGCAGUAACUCCUCGAGCGGCAACGGCCUCUCCAUGGACUCAAUCAGCAUGCUCUACCACCAGCAGCAGCAGCAACAGCAGCAGCCACAGCAGCCAGGAUACACUAGCCUAGGGAACUCCAUGGGCAGUGGUUUGGGUCUCAGCCUGGCGAACGCUUCCACGCGCUCGAACUCGCCAGAGAGCCAGAACAGCGGACAGUCGAUGAACGAGCCCAACCUACUGGACAUGAUUAAUCUAUUGUCUGUGAAUAGCAAUAAACUAGCCUCAAUGCAGCACCAGCAGCAGCAGCAGCAACAUCACCACCAACAACAGCAGCAACAGCAGCAGCAGCAACAUCAGCUGCAGCAGCAGUACGCCAGCCUGAACAGAAACUACGAGCAGCAGAUGGCCGCCAAUGGAGGUGGCCAGCAGCACGGCUUCGAGCACAACGGCGUGGGAGUGGGUGUGGCCGGCGGAAGCACCGACAACUGCCUCAGCCAGUACACCCUGGAAAACCUCGCCAGCGUGGACAUGGAGCUGGCCAAGCUGCAAAAUCUGCAGCGCAUCAAUACUUUGAAGCUGCUGCAGGCCCAGACGCAGCAGAUGCCACUGAUCAAUCAGCUGCUGCAGAGCUAUGCCGGCAGCACGAUAAGCAGCGUCCCGGGAACCAAUCUCGGCAGCCUGAUGAGCACGGGCGGAGCGUCCAUCGUGUCGGAUAUGACGGGAAGCGUUGGUGGUAACGGCACCACCAACGAUGGCCACCUGGAUCGCGUGGCGAAGUUCCAUCGGAGCUCGGCGGCCCUCUGCGAUGCCACCUGCACCUGGAGUGGCCAGCUGCCGCCACGUUCGCACCGCAUGCUCAACUAUUCUCCCAAGGUCUUCCUCGGUGGCAUUCCGUGGGACAUUAGUGAGCAGUCGCUCAUCCAGAUCUUCAAGCCCUUUGGAUCCAUCAAGGUGGAGUGGCCCGGCAAGGAGCAGCAGGCUGCGCAGCCCAAGGGCUAUGUUUACAUUAUCUUCGAAUCGGACAAGCAGGUUAAGGCCUUGCUCUCGGCCUGUGUGGUCCAGGUGGAUGACUCGCACAGUGGCAGUAACUACUUCUUCAAAAUCUCUUCACGUCGCAUUAAGUCCAAGGAUGUUGAGGUCAUUCCCUGGAUAAUUGCCGACUCCAAUUUUGUGCGCUCCAGCUCCCAGAAACUAGACCCCACGAAGACCGUGUUCGUGGGCGCCCUGCACGGCAAGCUGACUGCUGAGGGCUUGGGAAAAAUCAUGGAUGAUCUCUUCGACGGCGUGCUGUAUGCCGGCAUUGAUACGGACAAGUACAAGUACCCGAUCGGAUCAGGCCGUGUGACCUUCAGCAACUUCCGCUCCUACAUGAAAGCGGUCUCUGCCGCCUUUAUAGAGAUUAGGACCACCAAGUUCACCAAGAAGGUGCAGGUGGAUCCGUACCUGGAGGACGCUUUAUGCUCUAUAUGCGGAGUGCAACACGGUCCCUACUAUUGUCGGGAGUUGUCUUGUUUCCGGUACUUCUGCCGCAGCUGCUGGCAAUGGCAGCACAGCUGCGACAUCGUCAAGAACCACAAGCCCUUGACGCGCAAUUCCAAGUCGCAGAGCCUUGUGGGCAUCGGGCCAUCCUCGUCGACCGUUUCGUUGGCCUCCUCUAGCCACAGCAUUAACGGGGACAACAAGAUGGGCCACAGCCAGCCGCAUCAGCAGCAGCAGAAACACCAUCAUCAGCUCGACCAGCAGUCGCAGCAGCUCAAUCUCAAUAUGAUGGGCAACGCGGGAGCUGCGAGUGCCGCUGCCGCCACAUCGAUGUACACAUUCCAUCAGCAUCAGCAGCGACAACUGCAGAAGCAGCAUUUGCAACAUCGUCAGCAGCAGCAUCAGGCGAUCUAGACUGCUGCGGCUUUUAUCCUCACCGUUUUAACGGAUAUUUCCGCACUACGCAGUGAGUGCGGAAUUUUGGACUUUUAGGCAAAGUAGAAGAAGGACGGCGCAUACGUUUUCGCAGACAGUUUUCUUGCAGCCGAGAUGGAGACCCGGGCUCAUCAUCGUCAUUAUCAUUGUAAACACAGUUUUAUUGAUGUGUAUAUUAGAUCGGUACGAUGUGAAGCUUA